AUGCCCAUCAUUGACACGUUUAACUAUGUGCCUCGCAUUGCGGAUCUGGACUAUGACAGGGAAGUCAUGAACAUGUUACAGCUUUCCGGACAGCACAGACCCAGUCAUGAAGCGUGGCCAGACUUCCUCCGCAGACCCAGUCCCUGUGCAAUUCAUGAAUGCAAAGUUGGAGAGGAAAAUCAAAGAGACCCUGCAGUCCUCACCAUGGAGACUCUACCUGCGCCAGAAGUUGGCAGGCCCGAGCUCAUCUUUGGGGAAAUGGUCCAUUUUCUCCACUCUUUGCAGUCACUGUGGGAUUCUUAUGCGGAGAGAGAAACAGAGGAAGAAGGAAGAGUCUUGUAUGUGAACACAUGGUACACUGACCAUGAGAGGGCACCACAAUGUCACACAAUGCGUGCCGUAAGACUACUUGGAGAUGCAUGGAACUGGCCAGAUCGACUUGCGGAAGCGUGGGAUGAUUGGAUCGAUCCAGACGCAGUCAUCGACUUCUACUUGAUCAGGCCAACACCGAGAGCGAGUGCCUCUAGCUCCCUCGCAGUUCCACACAUUCUCAUUGUACAACACCCACGUGCAGGGUUUUGUAGCAUCCAUCUCACGGUCGUUGACACAGAGAACAGGGCGAUGCCUUUGCGUAUGCUUGUAACCAUCGCGCCCAGACAGAUCACCAAGCUCAUCUUCUAUGACCUCAUUGGUUACCGACAUGAUCGAAUGGUGCCAAGCCUCAUUGAUUGCAUGAUUUCGCAUGGUGAGCAUGACAUCCAGAAUGAGGAGGUUUUCUUUACGCAGCAUGGCCACAGCUUUUUGAUCAUACUCAACCACAUGCGUGACAUCAUCACGAGACUGGCAACCGCUGGUGCUUCGAGUUCCUCUUCUAGCUCAACUGGACUCAACCUUCUGCAACGUAGUGUGCAGAGGAAAGUGCUUCAGCUUGAAGAACUCCUCAGUUUGCCAGCCACGCCAGUGUCAGCUGAUCAAGACACAGAAGCCCUGCAAGUGCUUUGGGCGAAGCCGAUGAGCCCACACCCAGAUUACAUUGAACUGCCCGCAAACGCAGACAACCAGAUGAUACAUCAGGAGCUUGCAACAUGGGGCAUACAAGGACGAGCUGUAGUUUGCAGAGAACGAGGCCGAGUUGCAUGCUUUGACACAGACAGUGCAAAUGGACAUCAUUAUGUCCUGGUCAACCUGGACAUUGAGGAUGAGAAUGCGGUCUUCCUGCACACGUCACAGCAACUCAUGACAGAGCAUGAUCUCAUUGCACAUCUACACCAACUUGGUUUUUGGAGGGCAUUGAUCAGAUCUCAUGAUGAGAUCUACCAACAGAUCUACAAGAUCUGCUUUGAAGACCAAAAAGUUGUCAUGCAACAGCCACAAAAACAUCGAGCUGGAGUUCCAACUUGGCCUCCCAUGCAGUUUGGACCAAUCGGACGAAAACCUUUUUUCAUUCCGGAGAAGUCCAUUGAAAGUGAGCACAUCAUUGACAUUGGCAUUGAUGAGGCCGAUCUGCUGGACCUCUUCUGUUCACAUGAUGAUGUUCUUUUCCAGAAUUUUGAAGGUCUUGAACUACCAGAACCUCUUCAACAGGCCGUUGAUAGCUGUGCCCAAGACAUCCCUGAUGAAGAAUUGAACCGACUUCUGAUCUAUACAGAUGGUUCAUCGCUGGGACAAUCCAAGCACCAACCACCUCUCAGAGCGGAAGAAGAAGGCACUGGGGACACUUGGGCCAUGGUGGUACUUGGAGAAAGAUAUGAUCCGCCUGGAUUGAAAUUGCUCGGAUGGAGUGCUCAUGGGAUCCACUAUGAUACCGCGAGCCAUGCUCACCUUCGAGCCACCCGCAUCGGCGCAGAUGUUGCCGAAAAAGAGGGACUUGUAUGGGCAGGAAUCUGGCGGCUCAGUCAGAAUUGGAAUAUCCACACCUGCUUCAGAUCUGAUUCCAGUGUUGCACUUGGUCAAGCUUCUGGCCAUCUAGGCACGGGCAAUGCCGAUGAGACCUUCGAAGUUCUUCGUGGUGUCUAUCAGGCGGUUGAGGCGGCGCUAGGUCCCAAAGGCUAUGCAUACUCUCAUGUGGCUGGCCACGCGGGCGAACCAUGGAAUGAACUAUGUGAUUGGCUUGCGAAAAUGGAGAGAUCCAAGAGCUUCUAUGCCAAACGUCCUCGUUUGGACAUGCGAAAAUGGAGAAAGGCCUUUGGUCAUUUGUGGAUUGCCAUAGGGGAUCACAGAGACCUCCCAAAAUUCAGUGGUCGUGGUCUUCAUGCUCCUGCACCACAACUGCCCCCAGCCAAGAAGAGCGUGUGUACAUUCAACACAGCUCGACACAAGCAGCGCACUGUCAAUUUGCGGGUGAGUGUUUGCACGGCCAAUGUGAAUUCCCUUGGCGCAGCUCCACAUGGACAUGCAGGCAAGAUUGACUACUUGCGCAAGCAACAAAGAGACCUCAAGUUCAACUUCAUUGGCAUGCAAGAGACGAAAGCACAAGAGAUAUGCUCCUGCGUUGACCAGAUCUACAGACUAGUAUUUGACCACACCAUGAUCAACCUGAAGAUUGCUGAAGAGAUUUUGCAUGAUUAUGAGCCUGCAGCAUGGAACGAAAACAUUGAGCAACAUGUUGAGCAUUUCAAUCAACAAGUACUGCAUGGUCUUCAUCGCCUCUGCCCGAGACAGAAAAACCGUGCAAAGAAGCCCUAUGUGAAUGAGCACCUUUGGAAUCUCAGAAGUCAGAAGAUCAAGCUCAAAGGUCAACUCCGACAACUUGCACAUCGACAACGUGACGAAAGACUUGUGGUCUUCUUUGAGGCCUGGGCAAAAGCGAGACAUGGGACUGAAUUCCAGAAGUCUGACCGCUUUUGGUCCUAUGGCACAACAUUGCGUUGCAGCAAUUUGCGCUUGGUUGCGGCCUAUCACAAGGCCACCCACGAGCUCAGGAACGGCCUCAAAAAAUCCAAGCGACAGCUUGUGCAGGAGAAGUUUGCAUCUUUGUCUCCGAAUGUUUCUGCAGGUCAAAUCCUACAGGAGCUCCGUCCUUUCAUUGGGCCAUCCAACCUGAAAAAAUUGAAGGUUGGCAAUCUCCCAUACAUCAAGAAUGCGGAGGGCCAGCAUUGUACUUUGCCCAAUGAAGCCAUUGAGACAUGGUCAGAGUUUUUCAGGCAGAUGGAGGGCGGCACACGCAUGUCAUUGGAAUGUCAACGAGAUCAAUGGAUCGAGAACUUGGCAGCGUUUCGGCAGAAGGCCUUCAAUAUUGAUGGACAAGAGCUACCCAGACUGGUUGAUUUGGAGGCAGCUUACAGACGUGUGCAGCCCACAAAGGCGGUGGGUCCCGAUGGUGUGCACCCAGCCUUUUGCAAAGCCGCCCCACAACUCCUGGCUCGGAAGACUUUUGGGCAACUAUUGAAGCUGACCACACACGGUCAAGAAUCUUUGGUGCAUAAGGGUGGUGUGCUACACCCUGUGUGGAAAAUGAAGGGUCCGAAGGACCUUUGCACUUCGUACCGAAGUAUUCUGAUAUCCAGCCACGUAGGGAAAUGCCUACAUCGGAGCAUCAGGCAACGACAAAACACCCUUUUCACCAAGUUCCUGCAGAAGGAGCAGCUUGGAGGGCGCCCUAGGGUGCCAGUAUCCAUGGGUGUCCAUUUGGGCAGAGCUUUCUUGAGAUCGAGAACGUCCCUUGGACACAAUGUGGCAAUGCUCUACCUCGACUUGACGGAAGCGUUCUACAGAAUAUUGCGACCGCUUGUCAUUGGUGGUGAGGUUGAUGACUCUCUCAUCCUCUAUGUAGGGGCAAGACUCGGGCUUUCUGAAGACCUAUUACAGGAGCUGCACCAACACCUUGAGGAAACGCCAGCGACUGCAGCUGCUGGAUUGCCCGCGCACAUGCAAAACACGAUUCGUGCGCUUCAUGAGGACACGCACUUCCACAUCAGAGGUCAGACCGACACAUGUCGGACCGUGUUGGGGUCGAGACCGGGCGACAGUUUUGCGGACGUGAUCUUCUCCUAUCUUUGGGGGCGUAUUUUACAUCGCCUUCAAGCCCACUUAUUUGGUCUUGGACUUGGAGAACACGUCAAUGCGGAGGAAGGACUCAGAUUGCCCUCUACACCAGCGUCUCCUGCACUUCCUCAACAAGCUUUCCUCGGACCGACUUGGAUGGAUGACACAUGCGUGUGCGUUUCAGAUCCUUGUCAUGAACGCCUUGAACGCAAGAUCAUGCAGGCCACAGGCAUCCUGCUGGCCGGGACUAUGUGA